UGAGCUCAGGCGCACAGGAAAUCACGCCCGCGCCGCGGCCUGUGUUUGCGCUGCGGGCAGAGAAAGGAGCGGAGCGCCUGCAGCGGCCCAGCCGAGCCUGCCGCACGCAACGGGGCCGAGCCAUGUCUGACCAGGAAGCAAAACCUUCAGCUGAGGACUUAGGAGACAAGAAAGAAGGAGAAUACAUUAAACUUAAAGUCAUUGGGCAGGACAGCAGUGAAAUUCACUUCAAGGUGAAAAUGACAACACACCUCAAGAAACUCAAAGAAUCAUACUGUCAAAGACAGGGUGUUCCAAUGAAUUCACUCAGGUUCCUCUUCGAGGGUCAGAGAAUUACUGAUAAUCAUACCCCCAAGGAGCUGGGGAUGGAGGAGGAAGAUGUGAUUGAAGUUUAUCAGGAACAGACGGGGGGUCACUCAACAGUUUAGAUCCUUCUGUUUGUUUUCUCCCCCUUAAUCCUUUUUUAUUUUUAAAUAAUAGUUCUUUUGUAAUGUGGUGUUCAACACUGAAUUGAAACUGGCACCCCAUCUCUGGGAGUUUUAUUUUCAAACGUCUGGUAUUUUGAAUUCUUGUGCUCAUUAUACAUUGUUUCUGUUUUAAUUGUGCUGAACUUUUGUGAUCCAGCUGCAGCCUUGCUUCCCUCUUCCCUUCUGCCCCUCCCUCUAGAAAUAUAUGUACACACAUGCAUUUGUAUGUUCACUAGGUUCGUGCAUUUCAGGCACGAAGGCUAUAAGAUCUGCCAGGUGGGCGAGUGUUCUUAAUGACUUCCAUAUCUGCCCUGAAGUUUUGAUGUGUGACUGUUUCACUCCUGGACUAUAACUUUCAGUGCGAGAUGAAGUUUUCAGAGAACUAAACUGUGGAGAAAUGUGUAUCCAUAACUCAGAGCUAUUUUGCUUAAAUUGUGCUGAUGACCCUACAAAGAACAUUACCAAGUUGGAAAUGGAAAAGCUAGAACUGUUGUCAUCUGUAUCUUGCUCCAGAGAUGGCUUUGCUGAAGACAUGAAAUUGAAAACCCCAAUGAUUCUAAAGUCUUGCCAGAAGAGCAUUUUAACUUCAUAUAGUAAUUAGAACACACAGGUAUUCGUGCAAGAAUGUGCACAGCAGAUAACUGGUUUACUUUGACACUCUUGUUUGUAUCUUUUGGCCUGGGACGUGGGUUUUGAAUGGACAUUGUCUGUACCAGCUUCAUUUAAAAUAAACAAGAAAAACAAUUUUAUAAACAACUUGCAUUUUCUUUUCAAAUAUUUGGAAAUGAGCAAAACCAUUAAGAGUGACAGGCCGUGCUUUUCCAGUAAAUAUGCAUUGAAGCCAGAAAAUAAGUGUGUUGUGUAAAUAUACCUCAUUUAAAAAA